CAUCUGUCAAACGCGCAUCUUUCGCGCCGCCGAAGGAGUAUACGCCCGCGGGUUGCAGUUGUUGCUGCAUAGUUCGCGCUAAUCCGCGCCCGUGUGUUGUUCGCGGUGUUCGCGUAGUAGUGCGCAGAGGAACGUGUCCGAAUAAUCGUCCCAGCUCGAGGGAGGCCGGAUACGCCGUCGUCGCGACAGGAAACGGAGGAAGCGCGACGCAGCUGCGUCGUCCUCGGAACUUAUCUCCCGCCUCCAGGAGGAAGAGGGAAGGAGAGGGAACUCUCUCCCGCCUUUUCUCGGCGAGUCCUUCCACCAGUGCGUCGUAGUGGUCGGCACGCGCGCGUCGCUUUCGUUGCCGCUCUCGUUCGGCGCGCGCGCGUCUAGGUCGCCGAUUCCAGGCAGCCGCGACGCGGCUGGUGGUUAUGUGCUCCGCGUCGUCAUCGUUGUCGCCGUCGAACGGGAGGAGGAUGGUCGUCGAGCCGCCGCGCGACCAUCGUCGUCAUCGCUCCGCGGCAAGAUAGAUCGGGGGCAGAGAAAGACUCCUUAACCGGACUGGUGCCAGCCCGGACCUCGUCGUCGUUUGCCGCUCGCGUCGUACUCCGUCUCGGAGUCGGCGAACUAUGCGAGUCACCGGGACUCCAAGUGUCAUUCACCGCUGACGUGCAUCCCGGUGCUGUAAGAUACGAGCUCCGCACUGACAUAUAUAUAUAUAUAUAUACAUAUAUAUACGUAUUAUAUAUAUAUAUACAUAUAUAUAUAUAUAUAUAUACACCCAUACCACGGGCGGCGGAAGUGUUUUGCUCGAUCCUCCUCGUCGCGCGCGCAGUCUGUAGCUCUACGGGGGCCUUUUUAGAUCGUCCCUCUCUCUCUCGCUCUCGCGGUGUGUCUCCCUCCCGCCUCCUGCGGCGCCGGCCUACCGAGGAAGGCGAUCCGCGGCUUCUCUUCUCGCUCCCCGAGCCGACUCGCUCUUGAACGUCGACCAACGUCCGAGCUCCCGUGUCCCGCCCUGGACACGCCAAUUCGUCCGAUUUGCCCGCCACAUGACGGGUUAUGUUUCCUACCUUCAUCGGGAUCCUAGACAUUCAAUCGUGGUGGAGUACCAGUAUAGCACAUUUUUGCUCAUUAUUUAGAGCUGCCUUUAAUCUUCUGGAUUUUGAUAUUGAGGAUUUAGAAGAAGCUUUAUUAACGGACGGAGGUACCGAAGGACGAUUGCUUCAGGAACUUAUAGUGAAGUUAUUGGAAGGUUGCUUGCCAAAUGACACCCGCAAUGAUAUCUCUACUUUUAAUUAUCAGAUGUUUCUACGUAGACUUUUUCGGAAAAAAUGUCAAGAAUACAAAUGCGAAAAUCCUUUCAAUACAGACGGAUUUGAGUUGUUACCGCUUCGUCAAAAAGUAGAAAUAUUACGGGCGCUCUGUGACUUCAGGCUAGACGCCGAAGACGUAGAGCAGUCUUUAAGUAACUUGGACUCGGAUAGCCUGCGAGUCGAACCUUUGGGACAUGAUCGUAAGAAUUCUGCCUAUUGGUACUUCUACGGCACUCGAUUGUACCGGGAGGACUACAUUGAUACUUCUAACAGUGCCUCACACAAGCAGAAAAGUAAGCCAAAGGACAAAAAGCGUAAAAAACGACGGAACAGAGUGGCGAAAGAGGAAGAGGAAGAGAAGGAGGAAGUUAGUUUAAUAGACGGCGAAAAUAAGGGACGAGAGAGCGUUUGGCAAGUUGUGUGUUUUACUCAACAGGAUUGGAGCAGACUAGUUGAAAAAUUUCGCGAUUCGGAACACGAUACCGAGCGCAAACUUUAUCGUACAUUAUCCGAAGACUUUAUGCCGGAAAUACCAAAAUUGUUUGACCUGAAGGAGAAGCAGCAGCGGCGUAAACUAUUACAACGUAAUAGUUCGCGAGUGCUUCGUAGUCAGGAGCCUACGACGCAGAUGGACGCAGACAUGGUCAGAUCCAAGAUUAAGACUAAGACGAACAAAGGAACUAAAAAGGGGACGCAACAAGGUUCAAAAUCCACUUAUAUUAAGGAAGAUACCACUCCGCCAUUACCGACACCGCCGAUUCAGAAGAAAGGACGGCAAACGAACAAUUCUUUGGCAUCAGCCGUUGGCCAAAUCGUAAUUCAUACUAGGGAUGAGGUAGAAGAUUUGGAGAAGAAGAAGGGUAUCAGUAAUCAUGGCGAUGGUAAUUACGUAUCUUGUAAUUACGGAUACAAAUACGGCUAUUCGUUCAGAAUCGAAGAGGAGGAACGUUGUGUCGGAAUGCACAAGGUUCUCGAAAGUAUUAAAGAUCAUGUGGAUGCCUGGCCAUUUAUUGAACCUGUGGAUGAAGAGUAUGCGCCGAGAUACUAUAGUGUCGUACGCAAGCAGGAUCUUAGUACUAUGGAAGAGAAACUGGAAGGUGGCUCAUACAAAAGUUUAAGUCAAUUUAAACACGAUUUUCGGCUUAUCGUUGAUAACUGUAGACAGUACAAUGGCUCAGAUAACGAAUAUACGGAUAUGGCGAUUAAUCUUAAGGAAGCUUUUGAUAAAGCCGUGAGCCGGUAUUUGGAGUCGGAGACGUCCAGCGACGAGGAUGCCGCAUCUCCUCGAUCAUUAGCCGGAACACCUACGUCUCCGUCGUAUCCUUCGCGUCAUUUAGCCUCUUCGAAUCAUAACGCACGUAAACGUUCAAAGAAAUCGACCAAAAAAUCUAAAUCGUAUAAACCCGAAAGUAGAACAAAGUCUAAAAAUAACGAAAAAGUGGAUGAAGAUGAAAAGAGGAGUAAAAGUAUUAAGGUUGCAAAGAAGAAGAGAGGGAAAAAGAAGGGCAAGAAAGCGAAAGAGGAAGAACUGGAUGUGGACGAGGAAGAACAGGAAGACCAAGAGAGCGAAGGUGCAAUAUCCGGGACUAGUAUUGUAGCGUCGAAAAGAAGAAAAAACGUCGAUGUAAAUAGUUUACUUAAAACCAAAAAGCUAUCUAAGGAAUCGGAAGAAUUGAAAACGUCUAAUAAGAAAGGGAGCAAGGAGCGACAUCAAUCGAAAAAAGAUUCGGAAAUUGUACGAUCUGCGAAGGAAACGAAAGAAAACAAAAAGCGGAAAGAAGACUUUGAGGAAGAUUAUGAAUCUCCGGUAAAAAGUAAAAGUAGAAAAAGAAAGAAAGAACUCGAAGAAACUGGAAUAUUGACAGAUAACGCUAAAAAGAGCAAAUUUAAAAAGAUUGAAAUAGAAGAAAACGACGUAGCAUUCGAGGAAGAUAAACAAUCUUCCUAUGUCAAAACGAAAAAGAAUCGUAAGAAAGAGAAGACGAAUUCAAAGACUGCAACAAAGGCUGAUGAAAAAUCCGAUAAGAUUCAUACAAAGCAAAAAGAUAAAAAAUCAAAACAAAAAAAGAAUGAGGAAUUAAAGAACGGAGAGUUAAAAAGACAAACAGAUUCCAAAGAUGUAGGAUUAGAAAAUACUUUAGACUCAAAACAUACUCACACCUCUAAGAAGCUCUCUACGUUAAUCGGUAAUAAAGACGUAGAUUCGCUUGAUAGUUUAAAGGAUAAGAUAAGCGAUAGAAGACGUGAGGAAAAAUUGAAAAACGAAAAGGAGAAGCAGAGAAAAUCGGUAAAGAGCAAUCCUCUCACAUAUUCAGUAAAAGUGCCUUCAAGUAAUAUUUUCCACGACUGUGACAAAGAUGGUGCAAAACGAUCAAAGUCGAAGAAAAGUACGAAGGAGGAUAAGACCGUGGAUACAGACACAAUUAAGAAAGAAUCUGAAAUCGGUGAAAAUAAGAAAGCUGUUCAUGCUAAACAUACCAAAGGAAGAGAGAAUUCUUCGAUUCAAGCAUUAAAUCAAGCAACAGAGAAAACACUUCACGAUAUCAACAAAUGGCUCGACGACGCGCCCAAACUCUGCGGAUUCUCCUCCGGCAAUGACUCUCCGGUACCUCACAUUCCACCAACCGAAUCCGGUCGAUCGGGAUCGAAGGCAGAGAUCGCUACGCGUAAGAGACCUAGCUCCAUGAAAAUAUUUGGUCCUCACGGACCGAGUCGGCCGAAGAAGAUACAGCGCACGAUCGAUCGUUUGCAACCUGGAAAGAGUAAGGGAAAUUUACUCUUGAAAAAACCGUUGAAUAAUCCUAGCACCAACACGAACGACACCGCGACAUAUUACGCCGCCAAUGAUAACGAUCAAUCGAGCAAGGAUCUUGACGAGGAACCGAAGCUCAGUUUAGGUACCGUGUUGAAGAACGUGGAUUCUAUACACUUGAUCUGCAAGAGUUUGGUAUCGUCGCCUAAUCUUUCCAACGAUGACGAGGAGGAGGAUCGCGCUCUUACUCCGUCUAACGUUAAAGAGGAGAAACCCGGCGUUAAGGGUACGAAGACGUCGAGCGCGACGGAAGAGAAGGAAACGACUGGAACCAAGAGUACGGAGGAAACGCAGAAACCAAAGUCCGCCACGCCGAAUUUGAGUGCCUGGUUCAAAGCCUUCGGGGCGCCAAAAUCAAAAAAGAAGGACGAAGAGGUAGAGGAGACCGCGCCGGCGAAGAAGGACGGGGAUCUCCAGGAAGUGUUCUGCGGUAGGCAACGACGGCUUAGCACCGGUGGCAGUAGUGUCAGUGAAUCGGUGUCCAGUUUCUCUCAGGAAUCGCCACCGGCGAUUCCGCGCGCGGCACGUUCUCCGCAAUGUCAGCCCGCGAUGACCCCGACCGAGCCGAUAAGAGGCGCGGGAUUUUACCAGGACGCCCUCUCGACCGGGAGCAGUCCUUACAACAGCCCUUAUUACGCGACGCCACCGAGAUACAGCGCGCAGUUGCCACCCACGCCGUCCCCGCAAAAUCCUCAUCCUCUGUCACCGGCCUAUCCGUCGUCCUACGAGCAGCAAUCGCCCGUCUAUCCUCAGGUGCACGCGCAGCCGCCUUAUCAGUCACCGUAUCAGAAGUCCUCGCCCCAGGAGAAUCCCAACGAAGCGUACUCGCAGAUGUCGCCGCAACGUUUUCCGCAACAGUUACCCGCCAACAAUCAGAACCAGUCUCCCGUCUAUCCGCAACACUCCCCGCAACCUAUGCAGCCGGUUUAUCCCCAGCCAUCUGCUCGCACGCCGCCGUCGAACUACUCGCAAUCCUCGCCGCAACAACAACCGCCUACGCCGAAUUAUUCGCAACCGUCUCCGCAGCAGAACGCGAUAGCUAAUUACUCUCAGCCCUCUCCUCAGGCGGUCGCCAAUUAUCCGCAAGCUUCUCCGCAGCAGCACUCGUCCUACUCGCAAUCCUCCCCGCAAACGCCGCCGAAUUAUUCGCAACCUUCCCCGCAGCAGCAGCAGCAACAGCAGCAGCACUCUCCGUACGCUCAAUCCUCUCCUCAACAACCCGCCGGAUACGGUCGUCUCUCCCCGCAGCCGCCACCAGCCAACUAUUCUCAAUCCUCGCCUCAACCACCCAGCGCUUACUCGCAGCCGUCUCCUCAGCCGCCGAAUUUCUCCCCUUCAUCGCCGCAAACACGCUCCUCCAACUACUCGCAGCCGUCACCUUCGCAACCGCUCAACUCCUCGUAUCCGACUCCUCCGCAACUCGAUCGAAGCUACCCGCAGUCAUCGCAUCAGCAGCAACAGAUGCAGACUUUUCCUCAGCACGCUUCGCCGCAGACACAAACAUCCCCGUUCUCCGAACCAUCGCCGCAGAACAGCCCCUACACGCAAACGUCCCCGCAAUCUCUGACCAAUUACUCGCAUCAGUCGUCGCCACAGCAGCCGCCACCGACGUACUCGCAUCCGCUGCAUUCGCCGCAGACGCCGCCAAACUACUCGCAGCUAUCGCCGCAACAGACCCCAGGGACAGCCACGGCGGCGAACUAUUCGCAACCAUCGCCGCAGCAACAGUCUCGUAAUUAUCCGCAGUCUUCGCCUCAACGGAAGACCACGUGCAACCCGGCGACACCGUCGCAACCUUCGCCCAAUUACUCGCAGCCUUCUCCGCAGCAACAACAGACGGCCAAUUAUCCUCAGCUUCAACCGAAAAGCUCGGACGAGUAUCCCGCGGCCGCGGCGCCGCCUGCGGCUGCGAGUUAUCCUCAGGAUUUCAAGCAAAAUCCCACGUACGUUCAGCAGUCGUCUACAAUAUCGUCAUCCGUAAGUGAAUCCGAUCAUCGGACGGAAUAUCUGAAGUCUAACGCUACCGAGAAACCGACGACUCAACAGAGCGAGACUCAACAGAGGAACUUCCCAGUUCAGUCGGAACCGUCGUUGAACCUAAACGCCGCGAAUCAUCAGAUCUACCAGUCGCCAGGUCAGUAUCCGCCAACGUAUCCGAACAGUUUCCCCAACGUCGAGCUUCAGAGGUCCGUCUCGAGACACAGCGGCGGCCAGCAACAGGCGCAACAGCAAUCGGCGCCGCAGGAGUCGCGGGACUUUAUGGAGAUCCAACCGCGCGGUGGCUACCUCGGCAAAACAGCGGCAUCCAGCAACAGCGGGGAGCAACUGCCCGCACCUUCGCCGAACCAGCUGCGGGCGUACCAGGAGAACCUAACGACGGCCCACGAGUCGCUUUACCCAGGUGGUUUCCAGUCCGGUUAUUCAUUAGCGCCACCGAAUUCGCGGCCGGUGUAUCCUAGUCCGCAUUAUUUUGAUGCCGGGUCCAAGUCCGCUGGAGGAGGCGGCGCAGGCGCGUCCGCCAGCCCCAGCAAUCCGCCUCCGAUGAAGAAACGCGCGUACGAGCCGCCGUCCACCGCUGGCGGCGGUGACGCGUCGUCCGGCUCGCGCGGUCUGUCGCAGGAGAGCGCGACGGCGCGUCCGAGUCAGGAACAGUUCUCCAGUUUCGACCCGAUGAUGGCUCUGCCUCAAACGGAGGUCUCCGUCAGCCAGUACGACGGCACGCCGACGUUCAUCGGCGGCCUGGCCGACUCCAUGGCGGCUAAUCCGGCGUACGCGAGACUCAGCCUCGGUCUCGUAGGCCGGACACCUACGUCGGAUCGUAAGGAGCAGCAGCAGCAGCAACAACAAUUACUGACCAUCCCACGACCGUCGCCUGCAACGAAACCGGAACACCUCGCGGCUUACGGUCGCGGUGCCGAGGUUGAACAACUCAAUCUGUUACAGAGUCUGGCGCAGAAGAACAGCCAGGGUAUCCUGGCGAUAUCUCGAGGACGUGGCGGCGAGGGCGACGCGCGAACCGCGUCUUCCGCGGCUACGAUGAUGCCGUCCAACGCGCCGCCGUCCAAGACGAAGAGAAGCCGGAAGAGCAAGCAUCCGCAGCAGCAGGAGCAGCAGAACGCGGCCGUCACAGCCGUCACGACGACGUCCACCGUCGUUGCGGCUGAUCAACAGCAAGCGGCCGGUAUAGCCGCUUUCCCGCAGUACGCCGCCGCCGAGUCAAUCGGCGCCCUGAAGACAGCAGCCGGGGUCGCGGUACCCGCUGGCAGUGCCUUCAACUUCGCCGCUUCCACCAGCGGCCCGACCCCGGCGCCGCCGUUCGCCUACGACAAGGACGCGGCGGCCGCGUUCGCCUUCCUCACGGAUGAGUUUCGCAAUCCUACCAGCUAUUACAACAUGGCGCUUAGGCAGCAGCAGCAGCAGCAACAGCAACAGCAGCAGCAGCCGCCCUCGGUGGUGCCGCCUACGGUGACGAACGCCUCGGGUCAACCGACCGCCUGCAACAAGUUGGGUAAUCAGCCGCCGAGGAACUAUCCGCCGCCUCAUCCGUUCCUGCAUUCGGCCGCGGCUGCUGCGGCCGCGGCUCAGAGAUCCUACGUCUCCCCGGUCUCCGCCUACAUGACUCCGCACUCCAACCUGACGAUGGAUCAAACUGCCUAUCAGCAGUACCUCCAUUCGCUCUACGCUCUUCAGCCACCUCCGCCGCAUCAUCACAGACCAUCCUGGCUUUAGCCGCUGAGAUCCUUGGAAGAUCGAUUCGUGAUGAUGACAAAUUGAACUUUCCCGAUCAGAUGGACCUCGGAAUCGCGGCGUAUCGAGAGGAGUAAGCGUUUAGGACGGAUUGUCUUGAUUGUCGCGCGAUACUGAAUGUUAAUUGAAAGUCUCUUUGGCGAGCACGCGAGAGAGCGGUGUAGCCCCUUUGUUUGUAUUCUUUUUUUAUUUUAUUUUAUUUAUACAAGGGACAUCCUCCUCGCGACUUGUCUUUUUUAUUGUUUUUUACGCAACUGACCGUGCGAGAGCUCUUUACGGAAGCUAGAUAAGUAAUGCCCUUUGUAGAUUUCUUUAACUGCAGCUUCCUUUUUUACAAAUGACCGACUCAUUCGAAUGUACCUUUGACAUUUUUACACCGUUCGUCCGAAAUGGAGGAAGUCUAGCUUCUAUACAGUAUAAAAAAAUAAUCUGUACAUAAAGGGACAAGUCUACUUUCGAUAUAGGAAUUUUUGAUAGUUUUCUAAAAAAUAUGAGACCGACAGGUUUAAUUAAGCUCUAAUUAAGUCAAAGUCGCUUACGUCGAGAGUAUGUCGAUCACACGUCUAUCAAAAGUUCCUCCGUGCAAAAUGUCGGGUAAAAUAUAUUUGUCAAUAACAAGAAUAAUAUACAGGGUGUCCCAGACCUGGUGGAAACGUUUUUAAUGUGAUUCAUGGUAUUAUUUGGAGAUGAUUUUUCCAUAGGGUUCUAAACUUUGGAAAAAAUUAAUUAUCGCUUUAAAUAACCAACUAAUUAAAAAUUAAAGAACGAGCUUCAAAAUAUGGGAAUACAUCCUUUAAAUGGUCGUCAGUUUGAUAAUAAAAAAUAUUGAAAAACGACGUUUCAAUAUCUAACAUAAUGAUUCGUACACUGGGUCCUAAAAUCUGGAAAAAAUAAUUAUCGCCUUAAAUGACUGCAACUAAUUAAAAAAUGAAAGA